UUUUUUAAUUGCCACAGGUCUGACACAUAAUUCCCAAAUGAUCCUCACAGAGAACCGUACAAAGGUGACCGAGUUCAUUCUUGUGGGGUUAUCGGAUGAUCCCAAACUGCAGAUUCCCCUCUUCAUCAUCUUCUGUCUCAUCUACCUCAUCACUCUGGUUGGGAACCUGGGGAUGAUCCAGUUGAUUCUGCUGGACUCUCGUCUCCACACUCCCAUGUACUUUUUCCUCAGUCACCUCUCUCUGGUGGACUUUGGUUACUCCUCAGCCGUCACUCCCAAGGUGAUGGCAGGAUUCCUCACAGGAGACAAAAGCAUCUCCUAUGAUGCUUGCAUCACCCAGUUCUUCUUCUUUGUAGCCUUUAUCACUGCAGAAAGUUUCCUCUUGGCCUCCAUGGCUUAUGAUCGCUAUGCAGCAGUGUGCCAAGCCCUGCAUUAUAGCACCACCAUGACGACUAAUGUGUGUGCACGUCUGGUCAUAGGCCCCUACAUCUGUGGUUUCCUGAAUGCCUCCAUCCACACCAGGAAUAUUUUCAGGCUCUCCUUCUGUAGGUCCAAUGUAGUUGACCACUUCUUCUGCGAUGCUCCACCUCUCCUUGCUCUGUCAUGCUCAGACAGCUACGUCAGUGAGAUGGUUAUUUUUUUUGUGGUGGGUUCCAAUGCCCUCUUUUCUGUCCUGGUCAUCUUGAUCUCCUAUCUGUUUAUAUUUAUCACCAUUCUGAGGAUGCGCUCAUCUGAAGGCCGCCAGAAGGCCUUUUCCACCUGUGCUUCCCACCUCACUGCUGUCUCCAUCUUCUACGGGACUGGCACCUUCAUGUACUUACAGCCCAGCUCCAGCCAUUCCAUGGACACAGACAAGGUGGCAUCUGUGUUCUAUUCUAUGGUCAUCCCCAUGCUGAACCCUGUGAUCUACAGCCUGAGGAACAAAGAGGUCAAGAGUGCCUUUAAGAAGGCAGUGGGGAAGGCAAAGUCUUCUAUGGGAUUCAUAUUUUAA